UUUUAAACUCCAAAUAACGUGAUGCAUGUGUCAUUUUCAUGCCGUUUGUGUUAAUCCGCUGUUCUUUGGCCCUUAUUACCGUGUGACAUUAUGAUAUCUUAAGGAGUCGGAUGUUUGGCGGCUAAACUAAAUGGAUCCAGAGAAACUUUUGCAGAGAAGAAAAGCUUCAGAAAAAAGUGUUCAGGAGAUGAGGAUUAAAAGUCUUGACAUCAGUAAGGUUAUUUCUCUUCUUGAAGAUCCACUGACAGGCAACUUGAAGGAACGGCACCCUUUUCUCCUGAAAAAAUUGUUGACAAGAAAUCAGAAUGGCUUUCUUUUGAGAGAGCUGCCAGACAUCACCAAAAUACUCAACAUCUGUGCAGAGAAAGUGGCAGAUCAUCCUGAAUAUGUGCCCUUCUUAUGUGACCUGCUGAGGAUUUGCAGGCUUCCCUUUCUGAAGGAAAAGGUGUCUGAUGAACUGAGUUACGCCCAGAAUGUCACAGAGUUCAUCUCUGACCUCGGGUAUCUGAUGAGGGUGCCACACAUUGAAGUCAGACAGCAGGUUAUUGAAUGUGUGAAAUCGUUUUACAGCUGCGCUACAGACUGUCCAGUCGACACACAGCGGAACAGCACACAUUCUGCACCUUCUCCAAUGCUCCAGCCGACUUGUCCGAGCUACAAGCUGCAGCUCCUAGAGCGCAGCGGUUUGGCUCAGAUACUACUCCUCUCCAUGGCUGCUGUAGAGAAGCAGCCAGCCAUUAAGCUGCAGCUCCUCCAGACACUUCAGCUCCUCUCCAGCUCCUCCGAUGUGAACUGUGAGUUAAUGCUGAACGUUCAGGGAGCAGAGACAAUCUGUCUUCAUAUGAAUGAAGUAGAUCCGUCCGGUCAGAUCCUGCUGCACUCCACUGAGAUCCUCCUGAACCUGCUGGAGAGGAGCAGCAAGGAGAAGGUCACAGCUCAGCUCGGCAGCAUGGAGUGCAUCCUCUCUCUGAAAGAGGCAUUUUUUUACCAGCUGCAGAACAGUUUCUGUCCCGCUGAUCUCCAGCUCAGAAACGAUCUGCUUCUGAUCACAACACUUAUUGCUGACAAUCCCAAAUCUCUGCUGAUUGAGAGUUUAUUUGCCAAGCAGCUCAUGGUUUACGUCACAUUUCCAGAGUUGAAAAGUCACAAUCCUUUGGUCCGCAACCUCCAACUAACCUACAAUAACGAAGACUUUAAAAUGAAGAAGCUGCUUCUGAACCUGCUGGUGUCUCUGUCCAAGGAUAGUUCGGCACUGAAGCUUUUCAAAGAGGAACGAGUGAUGCUGUCUCUACUGAUGCUCACGAAGCUACAGGCGACCUCCUCUGAGGGCCGGGACACCGUACGUCACUGGUCCUCUGCACACGAGGAGCUGCAGCUCCAGGCACUGGUUGUCCUGACAACACUCGCACCUCUUUUACUGGACGAGUAUGUGUACUAUCAGGGAAACUCGUGUCUCCUACUCCUGCUGGACUGGUGCAUCGGGCGAGACACAUACUUUGGCGAGGAUCACAGCUUCCAUGGCGCUGGAGGAAGAGUCAGUAAGAAGGCUCAGAUGCGACAUUGUAUUCGAGUGUUAAGAUCUGUGACGUCUCAGGCUCAUGAUUCGGUCAAUCAGGACCUCUGUGAUCAAGGAAUCAUAAGUCAGCUUGUGGGAAUUCUGAUGCAGAUGGAAGCAAGUCCUGAUGAGGAGAACGAGGUCAUGGUGGAGAUGAAGUCAGAUAUUCAGCUGAUUCUGUCCGAGCUGUGUGAGGAUGACACACACAGAAAGGAACUGUUUGGGUCAGAUGGAGUUGAGAUGGUCAUUCAUUUCCUGAGGAAAGGUUCUGAUAAGUUCUACAGCGGCCUUGGACACAACAGGCUCAUCCUGUCCACCGUUGACUGUGUGUGGUCAUGUGUCACUGGCUGCUACACUACAGAGGAUUAUUUUUUGGCUAAAGAGGGGGUGUUUCUUCUGCUUGACCUUCUCAGCUCAAGCCCCAGAAGUGUGCACAACAUCAUCCUCGCCACUGUGUUAGAAUUAUGUGACAACCACAGCGCCGUGUCUGACAUCCUGAGCUGGAGGAGCAUCAGCGGUCAGAAGGCUCCAGGACUGCUGCUGCAGCUGUGGAGGGAGGAGGAGGCAGAAUUGGGAGUCAGCCGCCACCAGCAUGGCGUGAUCGCAGAUCCCAGCAGGCCACUCUCACUCGUCCAGCUGGAGGACACACACCUGUCUUUGCCUGCCAACGUUCCCAGUGCAGUGCUGGAAAUGUCAGAGAACCUGCGCUCAAAGAUUUACUACAUCUUCUGCAAAUUUGGUUUUCUGCACCUUCCAGGAUUGUCAACAACCGAUUAUGUGACCCUGAGCAUUGUCAGGAGAUAUCUGGAUUUUAAGGUAAUAAUUUAUUUGCUGUUCAUUCAUAAGGUGUCUGUCAGUGACUGA